AGUCAGUGUCAAUUCUGUAAUUUAACUACUCUUUCAAUGGCAAAUAUGAGUGGCGACGGUGCCACGUGUAAGUCGGAAGCUAAAGAUUACUUUCCAGUAGGGUUAAGAGUCCUUGUGGUUGAUGACGACGUCGUUUGUCUAAGAAUUAUUGAGCAAAUGCUUCGCAAAUGCAACUAUUCUGUUACUACUUGUACCCAAGCUUCAGUGGCAUUAAACCUAUUACGUGAAAGGAUGGGGACUUUUGAUAUUGUACUGAGUGAUGUUCAUAUGCCUGAUAUGGAUGGUUUUAAACUUCUUGAGCUUGUUGGGUUGGAAAUGGACCUUCCAGUAAUAAUGAUGUCAGUUGAUGGAAGAACCAACCUCGUCAUGAGAGGAGUUCAACAUGGGGCUUGUGAUUAUUUGAUUAAGCCUAUACGUGACGAGGAGCUAAAGAAUAUCUGGCAGCACGUUGUUAGGAAAAGAUAUAACUCCAGUAAAGAGCAUGAAUGUUCUGGUAGUUUGGAUGAUAAUGAUCGGCAUAAGCGAGGAAUUGAUGAUGCUGAAUGUGCUUCUUCUGUAAUUGAAGGCGCAGAUGGAGUGCUAAAACCACAGAAAAAGAAAAGAGAUGCCAAAGAAGAAGAUGACACUGAAAUGGAAAAUGAUGACUCAAGUACUACAAAAAAGCCACGCGUAGUUUGGUCAGUGGAGCUUCAUCAGCAAUUUGUUAGUGCAGUCAACCAACUUGGCAUUGAUAAGGCUGUACCUAAGAGAAUCCUUGAACUGAUGAAUGUCCCUGGUUUGACAAGAGAAAAUGUGGCAAGCCAUCUGCAGAAAUUUAGGCUAUACUUGAAGAGGUUAAGUGGAGUAGUUCAGCAACAGGGUGGCCUCCCCAGUACCUUCUGUGGGCCAAUAGAACAGAAUCCAAAACUUGGUUCACUAGGGAAAUUUGACAUUCAAGCUCUGGCAGCCUCUGGCCAAAUUCCUCCUGAAACUUUGACAGCUCUUCAUGCCGAGCUUUUAGGUCGAUCGACAAGUAACUCGGUUUUACCAGCAGUAGAGCAACAGAAUCUCCUACAAGCUUCCCUGCAGCAAGCAAAGUGCAUGCCUGUUGACCAAGUUGUGGCCUAUGGUCAGCCUCUGAUGAAAUGCCCUCCCAGCAUUUCUACUUCUAAACAUCUUUCUCAACCUAUCAUGUCUGCUGAGGAUGUUCAUUCAGGAUUUGGAUCUUGGCGAGCAAAAAAUAUAUGUAUGGUCCCUAGCAGCAAUCCCGCUGGGCUAGCUGCUCCGAACAGCAACAUGUUAAUGGCAAUGAUGCAACAACAGCAACAAUGGCAAAAGCAGCAGCAGCUGGAACAGCAACGUAGGCAAUGUGGUCCUCCUGAGGCCAACCAUUCAAUUAAUGUGCGACCUUCUUGCGUUGUAUUGCCCUCUCAGUCGCCAGGUAAUUUCCAAGUGAGAGAUAGCCCUGCUUCCAUCAGCCGUGCCGGCAGUCUGAGUAAAUCUUCGGUAAUUGAUUACGGAGUUCUCUCGCCACAAUCAAAUAUUUCAUCAGGUGUGGUGCAAGUGUUAGAUAGGGAACUCAAACCAGAAUGUGUCUUAAACAGGCUUUCCUGUGCAGGUUCUCUCUCUCCGUCAUGCUCGAUAAAUGCUGACAAUAGUGUUGGUCUGCAGCUUCAUAACUCGAGUCCAGCAUUUGGUGCUUCUAAACAACUUCCAGGCCCUAUUCCAGACCAUUUGGGCUCGCCAGUUCCAUAUAAUAGUAACUCAAGCCAGGUUCUUGAUCAGGGACGUAUGAGAAAUCCUGGAGUUGGUAAAGGUACCUCCAUUCCCAGUCGUUUUGCAGUAGACGAGUCUGAUUCGCAAAUGUUCAAUUUGAAUACUGCAAAAAUCUAUCGUGAGGACACUAAAGUUAAGCAGGAGCCCAACAUAAAUAUCAUGGAAAAUGCUAAAGUUGGUGCAGCAAUUUUUCAAAAAUUUCAACCGGGUGAUCUUAUGAGUGUCUUCAGUGACUAGGAUUACUGUUUGUCCAGGAAGGUCUCAAGUUCUCCAUGGAUCAUAACAUUUAGUUCUGCCGGUAAAUGUCUGCAAGAUCCCACUUUGAAGUCUUAUAUUUAUCUUAGGGUUUUACCUAUAGUGCCGAGAUCCAUUAAUCGCAAUGCCCUUGAUUGCAGAAAUGUAGGUAAAGGCUUUUGCCUGUGUAUUUAACAGUCUAAUAUUAGGAAAUGAAAUGCAGUAUAAUACUUUCUUUGUAAGUAUAUGGAGAAGUUGCAUGUAUUCUUCUGCAACGUUUUCGCCUUUCCACUACUUAUUAGAAAUAAAUCUGUGUUAAGAAAUUUCAACAGA